AUGAAAAUAUUCAAAUUAUAUUCAUUCAAAACGAAGAGUGUACUGUCUUUGGCAGCACUACUCUUCGCAUGGUGCUUUCUACUUUUCAAUUUUUCUAAAACAGCCUUGUCACUUCCACAACAACAAGCACUCGUGGAACGAGCAUCCCUUGCAGUCCAAAGUUUUCUCUCAAAAUUCUAUGAUCCACAACAGAAGUAUUUUCGGGAUCAAUAUACUUUCAACCAACAGCAGCAAUCACCACUCACUGGUUACUGGACUUUCGCACAGGGAUUUAACGCCAUUGUCGAUAAUGCUUUUAGAGUCUCACGAAAUUUCACAAAUGCCAACAAUGAUCUCUCAUUUCCACACUAUGUCAAAUUAAUUUCCGAUUUAUAUACAGGUCAAGAUAACAUUGGAUGGGAACGACCUUACAUUGAUGAUAUGAAUUGGAUGGCCUUGACAUUAUUUUGGUCGUAUCAACUCACGCGAAAUCAAACCUACUUGGAACGAUGUUUGUAUUUGUAUUCGAAAAUUGUUGUGAAUUGGGAUGACACUUGUUGUGGAUCCAUGAAAGGAGGAAUUUGGUGGGAUUAUGCACAUUCUCAAAAAGCAACAGCAUCUAACGCUGGUCCAUCUCUGUUGUCCUCACUUUUAUAUCAAGAAACUCGAGAAGAGCACUAUUUGAAAUUUUCCACACAAGUGUUUUCAUUUUGGUAUGAUCAUAUGGUCAAUAAGAGUGACAACUCGGUUUGUGAUCACAUCUCAGCUCAAAAUGGUUUUAAGGAGUGUCAAUGGAGAUUUACUUACAAUGAAGGUCUCAUGAUUGGUGCAGCCACUCACUUAUUCCAAAUGACUCGAAAUGAAACAUUUUUACAAAUCGCCACCAAUAUUGCCAACUUUAUGAUUACUCAAGAAGUAAUUGAUUCCAAAGUAGGAGGACCCGUUUUAUUUGAUGGUAUCAAUUGUGUGAGCGAUUGCAUGCAAUUUAAGGGAAUUGGAUUUCGAUAUUUAACAUUUUUACAAUCUCAAUUGAAAGACAAGAACUUGUCCAUGUAUUUAAAAAUUCAAAACGUGUUACAAAAUUGUGUGGAAAGUUUAUGGAAUGUGGCAAGAACGAAUGAAUUGAAUUUAUUUUCAGUGCAAUGGCAAGGACCUUCUCAAGAGGUCGAUUCCAAAUUUUACCAAGCUCAAAUGAAUAGUGCAGUGAUGGCUUUCUCACUUUCUGUUAUUCAACAAUUGUAA